AGUAGAGCGAUUUGUUCUAAACGUGACAUGAAGAUGUUUGCCCUGCGCUCACCAUCACAUGGCUCAGAAUAAAUGUGGGCAGGUGGUACAUCCAGAGGCUGUGUUCCUAACAGCUAACUUUUAAAGCUUUCCACUGAAGGUGUAUUGCUGUUAUUUACCAAGGAAUUGUGUACAUCUGUAGCUAAAAUGCUGAAAUUAAACCCACAUAUAAUGGAAGGAGUUAAAUUCUUCACGCCUUCUCUACGCAUGCCUCUGGAGGUGCACGGUGGCCAGUGCCCCUCCCGCUGUAAAAUCAAAUCCACCCAGUGUGAGGAAGAAAAAUAAGUGAGUCACCAUGAAUUGGGCUAACGAGAGCUCCCCAAGAGAGUUUAUACUACUUGGCUUCUCAGACAGACCCUGGCUACAAAUGCCCCUGUUUGUGCUCCUAUUAAUAUCAUAUACAUUCACCAUCUUUGGCAAUGUGUCCAUCAUGACGGUGUGCAUUCUGGAUCCCAAACUUCAUACACCCAUGUAUUUCUUCCUCACUAAUCUCUCCAUCUUAGAUCUGUGCUAUACCACAAGCACAGUCCCUCAUAUGUUGACAAAUAUUUGUCGCAACAAAAAGACCAUCAGCUACGGUGGCUGUGUGGCACAGCUCAUCAUCUUCCUGGCCCUGGGAGCUACUGAGUGUCUCCUCCUGGCUGUCAUGUCCUUUGACAGAUAUGUAGCGGUCUGCAAACCCCUGCAUUAUGUAGUUAUUAUGAAUCAUUGGUUCUGCUUAAGGGUGGUAGCCUUCUCGUGGUUCACUGGCUUUGGUAAUUCGGUGUUGCAGUCUUCCUUGACUCUUAACAUGCCACGCUGUGGUCGUCAGGAAGUGGACCACUUUUUCUGUGAGGUGCCUGCCCUUCUCAAGUUGUCGUGUGCAGAAACAAAACCUAUUGAGGCUGAACUCUUUUUCUUUAGUGUAUUAAUUCUGCUAAUCCCAGUGACAUUGAUCCUCAUUUCCUAUGGCUUUAUAGCUCAAGCAGUAUUGAGAAUCAGGUCAGCAGAAGGACGACAGAAAGCUUUUGGGACAUGUGGGUCCCACAUGGUUGUGGUGUCUCUCUUUUUUGGUACAGACAUCUACAUGUAUCUACAACCACCUUCAUCCACCUCGAAGGACUGGGGAAAGAUGGUUUCCCUAUUCUAUGGGAUAAUAAAACCAAUGAUGAACCCCCUUAUCUACAGCCUUAGAAAUAAAGAUAUGAAGGAGGCCUUCAAGAGGGUGAAACCAAGAAUCUUUUUCUGUAAGAAAUAA